AUGAAGCAACAUUGCAGUGAGACAGACGCACCGUUUUUUCUUGAUUUUGCAUCAAAACAUGGUCUUCAUGCAAAUUGUUCUGAAACUGUUUGUUACGCAGGAGAAAUGCAUCCACGACCAAUUUGUGGAUGGGAUAGAUUUACUUCAGCCAUUCAGGUAGAUUGCGACCAAUGGGAGUUAGUUAUCGGUAAUGGAUCAAGUACUUAUCCACCAGAUCGAUCACUUCUUGUUAAACUGAAAGAUUAA